UCAUCCAGCUCUCGGAGCCCGUCCUGCCCAUGCGUCGCUUGGGAGACGGUUGGUCUCCCACAAAGAGGAAGCACUCUGUGUUAGAGCAGAUGGGUUACACUCUGGGUAAGGAGAUCGGGGAGAGCACCUACUCAAAGAUCAGAGAGGCACACAGCGCCAAAUUGAACAAGAAGGUUGCCGUGAAAAUCAUCUGCAAGAAGAAGCUCCCGGCGGAAUAUGUCGAGAAAUUCCUGCCAAGAGAGAUAGCAAUAAUGCAGCAUCUUCGACAUCCCAGAGUGAUCGAUCUUCACGAAGCCAUCGAAACCAAAGGCGCCCUCUAUCUGGUGAUGGAACAUCUACCCAAUGGCGACCUGCUUUCGUACAUAAAUGAGUGCGGUCCUCUACCGGAAGAAGAUUGUCUACUCUUGUUCCGGCAACUACUGGAGGUCGUCGGCUAUUGUCACCGCCAGGGUGUCUUCCAUCGAGAUAUUAAACUAGAGAAUAUUCUACUCGGUGAAAACAACACUAUGAAGCUGUGCGAUUUCGGCUUGGCUGUCAUACCGGAAGUCGGACGCAUGCUGCAGACUACAUGCGGCUCGUACGUCUACGCCGCCCCCGAGAUUCUAGAGGGCGCCACCUACGAUGGAGAAAAAGCGGACGUGUGGAGCAUGGGUGUCUGUCUGUACGGAAUGUUAUGCGGAAAGUUGCCAUUCCACGAAGAAUCUACCGACGUUCUAAUGAAUUCACUGCAGGAGAAGAUCAAGUUCACCACCAAAGUUUCGAAAAGUUGCCAUAAUUAUAACCUGUAUCGAGAUAGUGGCAGCACCUGCGUCUGCUGUGAAGCACUACACAUGCUUCAGCAUCAAAUGGUUGAUAAGGAUUUUUGUCAGUUGAGGCAGGAUGGUCUGCUGCGAGCAAAUGGCGAACGUCUGGCGGAAAAGACGCCAGUGCACACCACACUGGAAGAAUCCUGGAACGCACCAGCGGCAAAUGCUGGGCAGAGCGGGCUAGAGCUGAGCGCAGGGGCAGGCUGUGGGCUAGAGCAGAGCACGGGCAGAGCUGGCUGGGAGCCAGAGUCGCAGCGGCAGGAGCUGGGUAGAAGGCAGAGCCAGGCGGCAAGUGUCUGUAGUCGACCUUCUCUCGUGCUACGGCACGGUGACGACCAGGAGAGAGAGGUGGAGCACGGCUUCACCUGCGAACAACACUCCAGAGAGGAGAAAACUCCGCAGAGAGUCACGAAGCUUCUCACCUCCGUCGCAAAAUGUCACAGCACGGGCAAAAGUAAAGCGAGCGUCAUGCAUCUUAAAGGACCGAAAGCAGUGACGUCAAAGUCCAGUCUGUACGGCAUCACGGGACCUGCCUUGCAUCGCAUUACGUCACAUCAGCAACUGACCGAACACGGCGGCCAGCAGGGAAGGCGACAGUCCAUGUGGGGACAGGUGGCGCCCCCACACGUGCAGCAGCGACGUAAGUCGGCGUGGGGUCCGUCGCAGUCGACGACGAUGCUUCCUCAGGCUAACAUCAUGGCUUCCCUGCACAACAUGCACGAGAAACAGGUCGACCGAGAAAUGAGGACUCUCCAAUACAGCGCCGCCGGGAAGUCGCGCCGCCGCCGCUACGCACACAGCGGAGGGAGACUCUCCUGCUGCAACGCAACGAAGAUGCUGCUAAGAGAGACGGAGAUGAAGGCGCACCCUGAGACGGAAUCCCGCAGCGGCGCGCCACGCUCGCCAGGUGGACGAAACAAGUGCCGUUCUGACGACGCGGAUCAGGAUGAAGCGACGAUGACUGGCAGGACGAUCGCGGAGAGAUUUAGGGAACCCAGCUCGCCCUGCUCUGGCUCCAGCCCAGCUCUGCCCCUGCUCUGCUCUAGCCCAGCUCUGCCCCUGGCUCAGGCUCUAGCCCAGCUCUGCCCAGCAUUUGCCGCUGGUGCCUACGCGUCACACCCAGUACCACUUUGCGCUGGCUACGCUUGCCAGCUCUGGGUGCGACAGCGGCGGCGGUCCGAUGUCGACGGUGAUGUUUGUGUACAGCGGUUGCUCGGCGCGACCGCGACGACGCUGUAG